CAGUCAUCAAGUCAAGAGCCACAAGCAGCCAAGGCAAACUUACAGUUAAGUGGAUCCCCAGACCACUAAAACAUUCCUGGGAACAAGGCAGCGCAUGCCGCAGCACUGCUUAUGCUCUCUUCUCCCUCUGGCAAUCCCGGACAUGGCGACGGUAUCGGCGCCGCGGACGCAACAGAGAGGCGUGAUCCUGCAGCCCUCAUGGAUGCGGAGGAAGAGGAGCGCGGACGGAUGGCUUCUGCAAAACCCGAGAUCCUGAGGAAGUACCUGGAUCUGGAACAGCCCGAUGACGUGGUCUUUGUCACUUACGUCUUCGUGGAUGGAACCUUGGAAAAUGUCCGGGCCAAGACGAGAACGCUGGACUUCGAACCCAAGACCGCUAAAGAUUGUCCCGAGUGGACGUACUGCGGGCUAGGAACGUACCAAUGGGCGGACGCCAGCGCCAAGUCCGAAAUGUUUCUGGUUCCCGUGGCCCUGUUCAGAGAUCCAUUUUUGAAAGGUCGGAAUAAACUGGUACUCUGCGAGACCCUCCUGCAUGACCGAAGACCCCCUGAAACGAACACCCGUUGGUCGUGCGAGAAAACCAUGAAGGAGGCUGCCAACCAAGAUCCGUGGUUUGGCAUCGAGCAGGAGUACGUGCUUCUCGACACAGAUAAGAUUCCGUUAGGUUGGCCCAAAGACAACAACGUUAUCAGACCCUUGGGACCGUACUUCUUUGGGGUUGGCGUCGGCAACGUGGUUGGAAGGCAAAUCUCGGACGCCCACCUCAAGGCCUGCGCUUACGCUGGCGUCAAAAUUUCUGGCACCAAUGCAGAAGUCGUCUUAUCUCAGUGGGAGUACCAGGUAGGACCUCUACCAGGAGUCCAGGCUGCCGAUCAUCUCUGGAUCUCCCGUUACAUCCUCCACAGAGUGGCCGAGGAGUUCGGCGUGAUCGUGUCGCUCGAUCCCAAGCCUUUCCAGAGCAAUGAGCUGUGCGGCUCCGGAGGACACAUUAACUUCAGCACCAGGCAGAUGCGCGACGACGGUGGCCUCGAGUACAUCCUGAAGGCUUUUAAGAAGCUGGAGGUAAAAUCUGAACUGCACCUGACCAACUACGAUCCUCAGAAGGGAAAAUCCAACAGCCGACGUCUGAAUGCCGGCAUGCUAGCAACUCCUAGCGAAGACUUCACAGCCGACAAAUGUUCGCGCCUGGGCAGUAUUCGCGUUCCACGUCUGGUGGCCGAAGCCGGAAAAGGCUACUUGGAAGACAGGAGGCCGGGAGCGAACGUGGAGCCUUACCGCGCGACUGAGACCUUGGUGAAAACCGUCUGUCUCGACGCCUGACUCGGAGUUAUACGCGUUUUCGAAAACACUUUUAUGACAUCCAGCAGUAUAAUUUUCCGUGAAGAACCCUGAACGCCACCUGCUCUCUAAAAAUUUACACUAUAGUCGCUGACAGAGUGAGAAGGACAGGGCGUCUCUUUCAAAACCUAGGCCUCCAACGCGCUCCAUGCCUUCCGCCGUGCUUUGCUUGCGCACGCGCGCUUGAGGUGAACGAGACGCCGAAGAGUUGUCGAAGGUAGGAAAGUCGCCCUGGAGGCGGGACAACUGAAACUCCUCCCUGCCGUUCUCACCCUUUCAGUGACGAUAGCCUAAUCGUGCUAACAAAGACCGGUACAGAGCAUGCCACGAUGGGGAUGAAAAGCUAAGAAAAUAACGCGGUGCCUUUUUAGCGAAUCUGUAUAUAUCUUUUUUUUUUUUUUAUCUGACUAACCUUUUUUUUCUGCCUUACCGGUUAUUAAAUUUCAGCUACAAGUGCAGCAGUGUUCUGUCAUAUUUGCGUCUUCGUCCGCGUUCUAUAAGCGGUUCGUCCCCAUCAUGCACAACCUACAAGAAUAUGAACGACCCGUUCAACGAUGCAAUCUCGGGCAAUUCUGAAGGAUUUACUUUAGCCAGGCCCACUUUGCUCGGAGAGAGGGAAUAAAUUACCCUUUUCUCUUUGCUCAUUCUAAAAAUAAAGUGCAUAAGGCCAACGCUAGUUUUGCACGACCGCGUAAACUGCCUUAGCAGAAUGUUGGAGACUGUACAACGUUUACCAAAACUUGCCCAAUUUUCUGCCUUUGCUCCAGAAUCUGUUGAACUACCAUACGCAGAAAAGGAAGGAUUUCGAGCUACAUCAUUUGCUGGGACCCUUCUAUUGCUCACCGUGCUUGGCUGUUUCCACGUUUUGCAAGAAAGUGCACACAAGCCUUGUCUUAGAGUGUGACGUCUACCUUCACGCGUAUCCAUCCCAAUUUCAAUCAUUGGUAUCUCGUGUAGCCAAUAAACAAAGGGCGUCCUUCUAUUUUUGCCACCGUUA